UUAUGAGCUAUACAAAUCCUGUUAGUUUAGUCCUGUCCGAAUGAUUGAACCGGAAAGUGCCGAGAUAUGAAAUAGUGGAGCCGCGGAGCUUCUUGUGCUUAUUGUCAUUUGAUUUAAUGACAUUUUCAUAUAUGAUACAUACGUACAUACAUAAAUAUGUACUCAUAUGUAGGUGUGUAAGUGCGCGUGGUUGUAACGGACAAUAAUGACAUGCAUGCAUUAAUGCUUUUGCUGUUGGCUGUGCAUUUGAGGUAUACGUGUAUAAGUUAAUAGCACAAAUUCAGUGCGGGAAAACCGCAAACAAAUAUAUUUGAGUACAUACAUACGUGUAUCUACUUGCAGGCAUGUCCUUUGAAUAUUUGCGAAAUACACAGUAGCAGUACACAAUAGUCUAUCGCUCAAGCUAACCACCAACGCAACAAACUCAUCAAUACCAUUGAUUUUGUGGCAAACUAUCAAGGCGCACAAGUCAUAACCGCAAACUAUUUGUGCUGAGAUAUCAGAUAGACACACAGAUAGACAGAUGAUGUCGAUGAAAUCUUCCUGUGGGCGGAAAUCGAAUCAAACAAGUCUUUGAAACUGAAGUCGGUACGAUGGUUGCGUCGUCGACGCCGCUGUGAAUUGUUGUGUGUACGUUGAAGGACAAUUUAUUAACACUAACGUAGUAUAUUAACACAUACAUAUAUGCCACUAUUACUUUGUAGUUAAAAGCAUAUUUAUAUCCUUUCAAAACUAUCACUACUCCGCUCUUUAUAACAUUCACCAAACAGCGCGUAUUAUGCGCAUAUUUAAUCGGAAGAAAAUUGUCAUGUGUAGUUUUUUUUUUUGAUUGCGAUGGACACUCGAUCUGAAAUCGAUUGACAGCGGGAAAUUAUUGUGAACACACAUUUAAAAAAACGUAUGCAUUGCAUACAUUUUGAAAUUGUAAUUAACGGCGCAGUUGUAGUAGUAUUAAUGGUGGAAAACGUCUAAUAGUGUGAAAAGAAGAAUAAAUAAAAAUAAAUUGUUGAAAAAAAAACAAAUAAUUUACGUCUAAAGUGCCUCUGAGUAUGGGAUGUUCAACUUCUGCGCCAACCGUCAACGAAGCAAACAAAGGACGUUCGCUGUCUGCCAACAAAGUGAGUGACAAUCAAACGGUUAAUAACGAUCAAGCAAAUAUGGCGAAUGCAGAAACAAAGCAAUAUCCCGCUUCGGAAGCCUACAUAAUACCACUGAACGACGAGUCCGAAACAAAAGUUUACACCGCCGGCGCACCAGAAGCCAAAGAUCUACUCGCAGCGACUGUGAAAAAACAACCACCCAAACGUAUACAAGAGCUGAUGGAGCAAGCGGCAGAGAAUGAGGCGACCACUGUUAAUUUACAAGAAUUAGAGGAGAAACUCGAGAAGGCAGAAGAGCGUCGAAAGGAAUAUUUACAACAAAAAAUCACAACCAUACAAAAGACAACGCAAAUGUUGAUGCGCAGCGAUAGCAAAGAGUUGUUGGAGAAAAUGGAGGCAACGCAGUUAGAGGAUGGUGAUGGAGUGGAGAAAAAGUAAUUGGUUUAGAGGAAGUAUGGAAAUGUUACAAAUAAUGUAGCAUACUUUUCGGGGUUUGGCAUUAAGUGCUCAGCUAAUUUUAAGCCGCUCUGAAAGAAAAUUAUACAAAUU